UUCAUUUGUAACUUGACCCAUUGUUGUUCGAUCUGCUUCAUAAAUAAUUUAAUUCGCCUGUGAAUUACUCGAUUGGCGGAAAAAACAACAGCAACAAUAAUUAUAAUAAUAACAAUUACAGAAAUAUAGAAAUAUGGCUUCUAACACAAUCAGCGAGUUUGCUCAUUUGCAAAUCCCACUUCUAGAAAUAGUGAAGGCCACCGAUAACUUUGCUGAUGAAAACAUCAUCGGUAAAGGUGGAUUCGGAAACGUUUACAAAGGUAGGCUUAUGCGAUCUGGCACGUUGAUAAAUAUCUCUGCCCGGAGGUUAGAUCGUAGGUAUGGGCAGGGAGACGUUGAGUUCUGGACGGAGAUUUCUGUGCUUUCUAGUCUCAAGCAUAUAAAUCUAGUCCGCUUAAUCGGGUAUUGUGACGAGAAAAACGAGAAGAUCAUCAUAACCGAGUAUUAUCCCAAGGGAAGCCUCUCCAUGCACCUAACCGACACUACCAACCUCGAUUGGAUUAAAAGAACAGAGAUAUGCUGUGCAAUUGCUGAUGCAAUACAAAACCUCCAUGAGAACAUUGGAGAAAGUUACCAUGUCAUACAUCGUAACAUCAACAGCUCCACAAUUUUAUUAGAUGAUGACUGGAUUCCCAAGUUAUCUGGGUUUGAAUUUUCAAUCAAACAUCAGGUAGAUCGAAAAAAUCAUGUUUUUCGCUGUGAAGCUAUUGGGACAAAAGGGUAUAUGGACCCGGAAAUUCAAAAGACCGGAGGUGUUACACACAAGUCCGAUAUCUACGCGUUGGGCGUUGUUUUAUUUGAAGUCAUGUGCGGCAGAAAAGCAUUCGAUCCAAAAGCUGAUGAUGCUGAUAUGUUUCUAGGACCAUUGGCUAGAUUUCAUUACGAAAAUGAUACACUGCAAGAUAUAGUCAAUCCCGAUUUAUGGGAUCGAAUGGAUCCAGAGUCAAUUGAUCCGUUCGCAUCAGCGGCAUACCAUUGCUUACAUGAAGAGCGAACACAAAGAUCAGAUGCGAAAUUAGUUAUGAAGCGACUUAAAGUAGCACAUUCUUUUGCAUUGCCAAAUAGACCUGAGGAUUAUGGUGAAGAUUUCUCCCACAUCACAAUCAGAGGAUAUAAAGAAAAGCCACCAUAUCCAUGGAAGGUAAAAGGCUUCGGACACUUGAGAAUAAGCCUCACAGACAUACUUUUGGGCGCCAAUAAUUUCUCACCAAAAAAUUUGUUCAGAAACAGUAAGGAGAUGCAUGAAUAUUGUGGAGAAGUUGAAUGUUUUGAUAGAGAAAAUAUGUUGUCCAUAGAAGAGAUGACCAAAAAUAAAAUACCGAAGAGAUUAUACACGGUAAAUUUUAAAAGACUUGAUACUCGAACACAAAUCUUCAAUACAGAAAUUGAAAUUCUUAGCAGUUGUAAACAUCACAACAUAGAAACAUUUCUUGGAUUUUGUGACGAAGGUCCUGAAAUGAUACUUGUUUUUGAGUUCUUCCGUUUUGAUACACUUCACAGUCGGUUGGAACAACUUCUUCCUAUAUGGGAAAAACGUUUGAAAAUAUGUCUUGAGAUUGCACACGGAUUGAAUUACAUUCAUAAUGAGAUGAAGGACCAAAAGAUGGUAAUACACUGUGACAUAAGUAGUGAAAACAUUUUAUUAGGCGUCAAUGAGGAGGUAAAGAUUACUAGAUUUCGAGAUUCAUUGCUCGUGCCUCUGAAGCAGGCUGGUGACACUCUAUAUAUCGAGAAUACAAAUCCUCACUUCGAUCCUUAUAUGGAUCCUGAAUAUGCUAAGACUGGAAAGAUAAAAAGAGAGUCAGAUGUAUAUAGCUUUGGAGUAGUUAUGCUUGAAAUCAUAUGCGGGAAGUCUAUCAAGUUGUUAACUAAGGUUAAUGACGGUCAAGAACGUGAACUAUUGUCCCAGUUGGUGCGACAAUUGUUCGACAAGGGAAUAAUGAAGAAAAAGAUAACUUCUGUACUUACGGGGGAGAAUGGAGAUGACAAGUUUUAUCUAAAUAAAGGACCCAAUGAAGAUUCUUUAGAAACAUUUUUAACAAUUGCAUGUCGGUGUUUGGCGGAAACACAAAACGAGCGUCCAACAAUGAAAGUCGUGGUCGAAGAACUCAAGAAAGCAUUAUCAUAUCAUGUAAACAAUAAGGAUAACUUCCGGAUGUCACUUGAGGAAAUAAAAUUGGCCACGAAUAACUUCAGUGGUGACAACGUCAUUGGAGGAGGAGGUUUUGGGAAGGUAUACAAAGGCGAAGUUGCACACAGACAUGGAAAUGGGAAUUAUACCAUAGUCACAAAGCGGUUAGAUACAAGUCAAGGUCAAGGGGAACAACAAUAUUACAAUGAGCUACAAAUACUCUACGAGUAUAAGCAUGAGAAUGUCAUCGGUCUUGUAGGCUACAACGAUGAAACAUGCGAAAAAAUCAUUGUUUAUGAGCAUGCGUGUAAGGGAAGCCUUGACAAGUAUCUGAAUGACACUAGUCUUACAUGGAGGAAUCGACUUAUGAUAUGCAUUGAUUUUGCAACCGGGUUGGAUUUCCUUCAUGGAGGCAUUCAUGGAAAAGAGGUUGUGAUACAUAGGGACAUCAAAGCUGCUAAUAUUUUAUUGUUUGAUGAAUGGAAGGCGAAAAUUGGUGAUUUUGGGCUUUCUAUCAUAAGCACGGUAAAUGAACAAACAGACUAUGUCAUUGAUCAUGCUUGUGGCACACGGGGCUACUUGGACCCGUUGUACUUAAAAUCGGGUUUCUUAACAAUAGAAUCCGACAUUUAUUCAUUUGGUGUGGUUUUGUUUGAGAUCUUGUGUGGGAGAUCAACGUUUGAAAUUCGCAAAUAUGAGGGUCGAUAUCUACCGAGUUUCAUGAAGCACAAAUUUGAAGAAGGGAAACAAGACGAGGUUGUAUUUGAGGCUUUAAAGAAAGAAAUCAUGCCAAAAUCAUUAACAACAUUUCAAAACAUUGCCUAUCAAUGCUUAGAUGAGGAUAGAGAAAAAAGACCAAGGGCGAAACAAGUUUUAGCACAACUUAAGAAGGCAUUAGCAUUUCAUGAAGAUGCAAACAUAGGAGCAGAAACGAGCUAAACAAAAAAUGAAGAAACUGUUUCUGGAUGUCAACAACUCUCGAUAACUACUAAGUUUAACAAGCAUAACGGUCAUGGGAAUUAUGUAAUGUAAUUUUAUUGAAUGUUUUAAAUCUUGUGCUUUUUCUUUUGGUUCAAUUGGGUAAUUGUAAUCUUAGUUUUGUAGAACCCAUGUUAUUUGUGUUUACAUGAUUUUUAAGUAGUGAUUCCUUGACU